GAUCGUACCUGGUCCAGACCAGUUCGACGUUUUGAUAGACCAGCACAACAAUGAAGCAUCUGACGGCACUCGCGAUUCUCGCUUUUUCUGCUCUCGCUUUAACGGAGGCGGCUGUUUAUAUCGGCGGUGGCUGCUACGACUGUAAUCCGCCCGGAGGCCAGGGACCCGGAGUCUACACAGGAGUAAAUGGAGGAGGUCGUGGAGGUGGAGGCGGAGCUCCCGGAGGAAACUAUUACAACAACGGAGGUGGAGGAGGCGGUGGAGGCCGUCGUCCAGUUUAUUCCGGCAACUUUGGACCUGGAUAUAGCAACGGUGGAGGAGGAGGAGGAGGAGGAGGUGGUCGCGGUGGCGGGGGAGGCUAUGGCGGUUACGAUGAUGGCGGGCUAACUCAGAUUAUAAGCGGAUGAGAAUAUAAUCUCAAGGCUUUGAAGCCGCAAAACCCCGCAAAUGAGCAAACGUUGGCUGAUAUUGAGAUUUUUCAAUUUUAUAUAGAGUAAAACAAAGAGAAACAAGUAAGGCACGUGUUUACAAUAUGCACUUAUGCUUAUCUACGCAGAGAAGGCAAAGCUUUAAAAGUCAACGUUUUAGCUUCUAAAAGAGGGUACAUUUUUUUUAAUAACUUAAACAAAACAUUUUAUUAUUUUAAAAUGUUUUGACCUUGUGUGCUUAAACUGUUACUAGUGCUCUCUGUGUAUUUUAAAUGUAAAAUGCUGCUUAUUUAAAAAAAAUAAAUAAAAUAAGAAAAACCGAAAA